GGAGAACGAAAAUCAUGGCGUCUUCGAKAAUACUUGAGAUUUUAUAGCCUUCCAUAGCGCUAGAAAACUUUAAUUAAUUUAAGUAUAUAAUGGCUGACGACCUAGAUGACUUACUCGAUGAAGUCGAGUCCAAGUUCUGUAAARAUUCCCCAACAAAAAAGCCCGGCAAAAUAAAGACUGUUCAACCAAGUGCGAAAAAAAUGGACUCCAAGCAACAACCUUCGACUUCAAGAGUCGGGAAAUCAAGGAAAGAGGGAGAUGAUUUAAACGAUAUCAUACGAGACAUUUGUGCAGAUGAUGGGCCCGACCUCAGUCUUACUACGCCUCCAGCUGCUUCUAGCUCAAACUCCAAUCUAAAAGAAACAAGUGGUCAUAAAUUCAAGUGUUUUAAUCUUAUUCUUGGUGGAUCACAAUGUAGUAAAGGGCUGUGUACUGUAUCUGAACAAAGGACCUGUGACCAAUUACGAUGUACUUCUUGUGACUUCAAAGUAGUCAUGUUCGACAACUAUGAAUGGCAGAGGGAUUGUGACUAUUUAUUUUUCAGAAAUAAUGUACCAGACUUUCAAAAAUUAAAAGCCAAGCUGAUAACUAGGAGAGAUGUCCGUGCUUAUGCAUGCCAGUGCUCAUGGCGUUCAGUGAAAGAAGCAACAGACAUUUUGAAUGAUUCCACACUCAAAUGGGUUUGCGGCAAACACAGCUAGGAUAUAACAAAAUAAUACAAAUAUAUAUAUACAUCCACCAUCGCAUAAUCAUGAAAAAGAAACUGGCAUUCUAGUUUAUAUUUAAUUCUAAAAUUUUUCUAAGUAUAGGGCAA